AUGUAUCGAAUUUAUUAGCAUAUUGUAACAACAUUUUUGAACAUCUUUGUUUUUGAUAGUUGCAUUUAUUGUAUUUGCCAAUCAAUCUGGAAAACACGCCCACCGGGUCGAGCUGGAACUGCAGACGCUGGCGACUCGUGGAGGAUGUAGGAAACUGCUAUUUGUAAGGAAAAGCGUUAUUGUUGAGCAACUGAGAGAAGACCAACGUAUAUAGGCUACUAGGUCUGGGCACCGAGAUCAGUGUACAGUUCCAUUGGAUAUUGCAAGCCUCCACCAUAAAAUCCAGCGAAAUAGAGCAGUAAAUAAAAGGAAUUCAAGUGUUGGGCCUGUGCCACUGAUAAUCAUAGCCAGCACUCCAACUGUAACCACUGGCUGUAGGCAGCUGUGUCCGACUCAUUGGAUGACUGGAGAGGCAGCACACUGAAGUAGCCUACGCCUAAGAUGACAUAUGGUUGGAGUGAGUAGCGUAGCAGAGAUGAGUCUCACAUCAUGGUUCCUGGUGAGCAGCGGGGGCACUCGUCACCGUCUGCCCCUGGAGAUGAUCUUCGUCGGCCGAGACGACUGCGAGCUCAUGCUGCAGUCGCGGAGUGUUGACAAGCAGCAUGCGGUCAUCAACUAUGAGGUGACCAGCGAUGAGCACAAAGUCAAGGACCUGGGCAGCCUGAACGGGACAUUUGUGAAUGAUGUCCGAAUUCAGGAGCAGAUGUAUGUCACUUUAAAGAUUGAUGACAAGCUGAGGUUUGGAUAUGAUAUCAACCUGUUCACGGUGGUGCGAGAGGAGAUGACUGUCCCAGAUGAGGCUCUUCAGCAUGAGAAGUUCACCAGCCAGCUCCAGCUGACUAAGAAGCACUUCAACGGUGAGCCCACCAAGUCACCUGCCAAGUCCCCCGCUAAGACCCCCAGACCAGCCGAGACCAAGGCAGCCGAGGGGACCACCAUGGAGCCAUCGGCCAAACCUGCUGAUUCACACCAGGGAGAUGACAAGAUGGCAGGGGACAUAGCAGCAUCGCACCGGGGAACACCUCUGUAUGGACAGCCAUCUUGGUGGGGGGAUGGGGAUGCAGACGACGAGAACUCCUUCAAACAGGAGACCAAGACGUGUGGGAAGAAGCAUGACAGCUCUGCAGCAGGUUACAUAAAUAAAGAGCGGGCUGUGUUCUGCCAGGGCCAGACACGGAUUCAGACUUAUGACGGCAGAGAGCCUAAGAGGAGUGAGAGGCCUAUGGAGGAUGGUCUGGGUCCUGAGCCCAGCUACUUUGAGAUCCCUACCAAGGAGUCUCAGAUGGCUGAGGACAGCAUUCAUGAAAUCCCUACUAAAGACACUGAGGGGGCUGCUGCUACCACCGCCAGUAGCGCUCAGGGCCACGCCUCACCUCACGCCUUCACCAUCGAGUUUGAUGACACCUCUCCUGGCAAGGUCAGGAUUAAGGACCAUGUGUCCAAACUGACUCCGGACCACCGGCCCCGGCCUAAGAAGGCCCCCCAGCCGGGGAGCAAGGACCUCAGCACCCUACAGGCCGCCAUGAUGGCCUCUGAGAGCAAGGUGGCUGAUUGGCUGGCCCACAAUGACCCCCCCACGGUGCGCAGUGAGUCCACAGAGGAGGACAGCAAGAGCAUCAAGAGUGAUGUCCCCGUCCACUUCCACAGGCUCAAAGGCAGCAAGCAUGAGGACGGUACCCAGAGUGACUCUGAGAACGGGAUUGGCCUGCGCUUCGGCAGCCGGAGGCUGGCUCUGGAGGAGAGGCUGAGGUCGGCGCAGGGAGGACAGGGAGGUCAGUGGGGUCGGACUACCGGCAACAGGACUACCUUCAUGAUCGAAUUCUACAACGAUGACAACCCCCGCAAGCGACGCUCCUACUCCUUCUCCCAGACUGCACCGCUGCUUGGGGGUGCGGCCAGGGAGGCUCUUUGCCCCACCCCCCCCUCCCACUCUAAGGCCCCUUCCACCAUGACCACAGACUUCAGUAAGGCCCCGUUAUCAGCGGCCCUGAUAGCCGGAGCCCCCACUGCCGCCCGAGUUCUGAUGAAGCAGAGGUCUGAGGACCAGAGCAUAGGGAGGAGCUCGGUCAGUACAGGCCACCAGACCACUGAGCCCAGCCCCAGUGAGGAGGGUCUGAGGACCCCUCGGUCUCAGGGGGACAGGGACAGGGAGCAGGAGGAUGACCAGAGUGAUAAGGGAACCUACACCAUCGAGUUGGAGAACCGCAACCCUGAGGAGGAGGAGGCCAGGCGCAUGAUAGACAAGGUGUUUGGGAUGGAGCAGAACCAGGAUCUGUCUGUCUCAGGACCAGUAGAACUACAACAAGGAGAAGGGGGGAAGAAGGAGAGGAAGACCACAGAGAUGGGACAAACGGUGAAACCAAGCUGCCUUCCAUCCGAGAGUAUGUCUGAGGACUCGGUGGCAGUGGGCAGUAGUCACUGGGUGUCUCAGUGGACCAGUCCAGCUGCAAACCACACCAGAACCGACCCAGAGGGGUCUGGUGCUGAGUCGCCUGCCUUCGUCCAUCAGCAGAGAGAAGCGGAUGCCUUUGAGUCGGGCGUUUCCAUCCGAAGUACCAGCUCUGCCACCUCCAGUCUCACCGAGCGUAAACGCAGGACCCUCCCCCAGCUCCCCAUCGACAACCCCCGGGCCAAACCAGGGAAGAGCUUGAGCGGCCUGGGCCUGCAUCGCUCAGAGAUCGGGGAGAAACAGGACACGGAGCCCCAGGAAAAGGAGAGGCAGGUGGAGAAUGAAGGAGAAAGGGCGUGUUUUACCUCCAUAGAGGAGGGGGAUAUGAUGAACCAGACCAAGGCCCCACUACAGGCCUCCUCCAAGCCCUCUCUCAGACCUAUGAGCAGCAGUGAGAAGAGGUCAGAGGAGAGGAGGAGGCGGGCGGAGGAUAGGAUUCAGCACCACAGCAAAGGAGGAGGGGACAGGGGGGAGAAGUUGGGGGGCAAGCCUCUAGUCCGUCAGGGCAGCUUCACCAUUGAGAAGCCCAGUGGUGCGGUGCCCAUCGAGCUGAUCCCUCGAAUCAAAGGUGAUGCCGGUGUCCUGGGCCGCGAGCACAGUGACUCUGUGGGCAGCAUGGACACAGCCACCCUGCUGAAGGACACAGAGGCUGUCAUGGCCUUCCUGGAGGCCAAGCUGAGGGCUGAGAACAAGCUGGACAGAGCCGACCGUGCAGGCUUCUCCCCUGAGUCAGACGUGGACACGGCCAGCACCUACAACCAGGCAGCAGGGGCGGGAGAAAAGAAACCAGCUCACCAGAAACGCCGCUCCCUCAGCAGCCUGUACAAGGAGAAGAGCAACCUGGGCUCAACCUCCAAAACCGCUGCCAGCACCAACGCUCGCGAGCGCUUGGAGAGAAAGACCAAGACCAGAACUGAUCCCAGCCGGCUAGAUGCUCGCCGCUCCGUCCAGCCUGCCUCGUCGCGGGCACGGCAACCCUCCCAGGAUCUCACAGAUGACGACCAGACCUCGUCCUUCCCCAUCUCCGACAUUCUUUCCUCUGACCAGGAGAGUUUGCAUAGUCGCACAUACGGCCGCAGCCACUUCACCUCUACGGAUGACCUGCUACAUUCCAAACUGGAAGCCAAAUCCAGCUGCAAGACCAGCUCCAGUAAGUCUAGUAAGACUCUCCAGGCCGCCACAGCUUCCUCCCUGGGGAAACAGGCCUCUCUGCCCCAGCCACGGCCUACCAGAACCUCCCUGCUCCGCCGGGCCCGGCUGGGGGACACAUCCGACACGGACCAGGCCGAUGCAGACAGGAUGUCUGUGGCCUCCGAGGUGUCCACCACCAGUUCCACAUCCAAGCCUCCAUCUGGUCGUAAAGGGCCCUCGCGGCUGGACAUGUUGGCCCAGCCCAGGAGGACACGGCUGGGCUCCAUCUCGGCCCGUAGUGACUCAGAGUGUACAGUAGGUCGGAGCAGCACCUCCUCCCCUCGCCUGUCUGCAGAGACCAUACUGCGCCUGGGCCUCCGCUCCCCCACCGACAACAAACUGGCUCCUCGCAUGAGGGCCAACAGUGUGUCCAAGCUGACCGAGGCCAAGUCCAGAAUCAGCUCCUCCAUCCACAGCACUCCCUCAGCCUCUAACAGGUGGAGACGAUUGCCCCCAGAGUAUGGAUCCACCUCCGAGGAGGAGUUUGGCUCCAACAGGACCUCCCCCAAACCCGGGCGCCCCCUGCGCCCACACCCGGUCCUGAGGGGUACCAGACUGGGGGUCUCCACCGGCAUCCUUAACUCUGGUCAGGUUGGCCCUGGAGGCGUGGUCCUGAAACACCGCAUGAGGGAACAACAGGAGGAGUACGCCAAGGACUGGACCGCACACAGCGAGGAGAUUGCCAGGAUCAGUCAAGACCUGACCAAGGACCUGGCCAUCCUCGCCCGGGAGAUCCACGAUGUGGCCGGAGAGAUCGACUCGGUCAGCUCCUCUGGCACGGCUCCCAGCACCACAGUCAGCACCGCCGCCACCACACCCGGCUCCACCCAGGAAGUGGUAGGCCGCACGCAGGAAGGCACGCAGGAGGGCUUGCAAAAGCUGAUUGACUGUGUGUUUGACGAGAGCCUCAACUUCAGGAAGAUCCCUCCCAUGGUGCAGAACAAGGCCCCUGAGAUUAACGGACGCCCUGUAGAGCGCCGCCCCCGCGCCCCAGACAGCCUGGACUGCGUCCUCCAGAGACGCACAUGGAACAGAGAUGAGGCGGUGUUGGACAGUCUGCUGCUCACAUCUGUCUCUCAGCUGUCAGCCCAAAUCAGACAGUCUGUUGACAAAACAGCAGGAAAAAUACGAAUAUUGUUCAAAGACAAGGACAGGAAUUGGGAUGAGAUUGAGAGCAAACUCCGAUCUGACAGCGACAUACCACUCGUCAAAACCUCCAACAAGGACAUCUCCUCUAUCGUCUUGGAGCUGAAGAGAGUGGAGAAGCAGCUACAAGUGAUAAAUAUCAUGGUGGAUCCUGAAGACACCCUGGAUGCCCUGAGCAGCCUUGACCUGACCAGCCCCCUUACACCCAAGCCCUCUCCUGGUUCUCAGGGGCCCCAGAAGACCCUCCCAGGCCCUGCAGCCAGGGGCUACACCGCCUCCUCGGCACCCACUGAGGGGUCAGGGUCUGUGUCAGCCAGAGACCUGGGAAGCCUGCACUUCAACCGCAUCCACCCCAGUGGAGAAGAGAGUCCCAUCACUCAGAAGUGAGGAGGUUCCCACCCUCUGAUGCUUCAUAUAUAGAACACCUGCCUCAAAGAACAAUUUGCCCUCUUUCGGGAUAAUAUUUCAGAAUGAACCUCUACCACCCUAGUAACCUACCAAAGCUAACAGUAAAGAGGUUUUUUAUGCCAAGUUUCCAAACGUGAAAUAAGUGUACAGUGGAGCAAACUCAAAAUGUUUCUUAUUCUAUUUUGAAUGGUAAUUGAUCUGUUUUGCUGGUAAUCUGUUUUCUAUCUAUUUUCUGCACAUUUGUCUAAAAUACUGAAUUUCAACUUCUCUGAGCAAUUCUGUACCCAGAGAAUCUUAUACAUUGUUAUGGUGAAAUGCAAUACACAUGAAAACAUGUUUUUACUGUUUGAAACGAUUUAAGACUGUUACAGUACCAUGUUAAACUAUGUUACAGUACAGUAAUGCUUGUAUGUAGCCUAAACGAUUUGUUUUUGGAAUGCGACGCAAACGGACCUCCGUUGGCUCCGUUUGCAUAGACAUUGAUUAGAGCCCUUAAGCCUGGUCCUUGACCUGAAUGACAUAUUUCAUAUGAUUUGCAUUACUUGAUAUUUUUCCUGUUAUGACUAUGCGGUAUCUUUGUAAACUGGAAGUGAAAAGGAAAAUGUGACAUUGACCGGAUCUUUUUCAUCUUGGACUGUUCUGAGUCCCUCUUUACUGUAGUAUUUCAUACAGUAACAUGAGUCCAUAAUGGUGUACCAGAUGUACACUCUGAAUGGCCUUUGUUGGAGAGAGCAGGUUGGUCUUCUACCAAGAGGACCUCUGUCUGUUUAGUGUUGAUUUACAAGGACUUUAAAUUGGUCUUUGAAAUUGUAUGAAACAACAUGACUGCAACAAGGUUACCGUCAAACCUUCAUUAACUGUAACCACUGUCAUUAAAGACAGUUAGUGUCAAACCUUCAUUAACUGUAACCACUGUCAUUAAAGACAGUUAGUGUCAAACCUUCAUUAACUGUAACCACUGUCAUUAAAGACAGUGUCAAACCUUCAUUAACUGUAACCACUGUCAUUAAAGACAGUUAGUGUCAAAGCUUCAUUAACUGUAAUCACUGUCAUUAAAGACAGUGUCAAACCUUCAUUAACUGUAACCACUGUCAUUAAAGACAGUUAGUGUCAAAGCUUCAUUAACUGUAACCACUGUCAUUAAAGACAGUUAGUGUCAAACCUUCAUUAACUGUAACCACUGUCAUUAAAGACAGUUAGUGUCAAAGCUUCAUUAACUGUAACCACUGUCAUUAAAGAAAGAAGUCACUGUCAGUUGCAUUAACUGUAACCACUGUCAUUAAAGACAGAAGUUACUGUCAACGUUGCAUUAACUGUAACCACUGUCAUUAAAGACAGAAGUUAGUGUCAACGUUGCAUUAACUGUAACCACUGUCAUUAAAGACAGAAGUUACCGUCAAAGUUGCAUUAACUGUAACCACUGUCAUUAAAGAAAGAAAUUACUGUCAAAGUUGCAUUAGCUAUAUCCACUGUCAUUAAAGACAGAAGUUACUGUCAAAGUUGCAUUAACUGUAACCACUGUCAUUAAAGACAGAAGUUAGUGUCAACGUUGCAUUAACUGUAACCACUGUCAUUAAAGACAGAAGUUAGUGUCAACGUUGCAUUAACUGUAACCACUGUCAUUAAAGACAGAAGUUACCGUCAAAGUUGCAUUAACUGUAACCACUGUCAUUACUACAUAUAUGAAUGAUGAUCAUAAGACUAUAGCAAGCCUUUUACUGACAUUGAAUCACUCACUAUUCUACAUUUCCAUACGGGAGGAUGUUGUCAUGUACUCAUACAGUAUGUGUGUAUAGACUUGACAUCCUCACUGCGUUUGCUGCUUCUCUUUAGUUCCCUUUUGGAGGGUUAGCCUGACCAUUUUACAAGCCUUUCGUGUAAAGUUAUGUGUCGUCGUAUAAAAUGUAUUCAAGUUCGUGCAACCGUAUUUAGAUACUUAAGCAAUAGUGAAGUUAGGUACCAGAAAACAUGCUCCAUCUUUUCUGCUUCAUAUUCAGACUUUGAUGUCACUAAGUGCCCAGUUUGAAUAGUAAAAUAGCAUAACGUUUUUUAAGAUGAGGAAUCAUCAAGAGUGGAAUGAAAUGGUAUAAUUGGUCAAACGUGUCAAAGGCUCUUCAAGUGUCACCGUCAGUGGUUUUAGGAUUCAAAAGGACAAAAGCAAAAACCUAAAUGGAACAGCUGAUAUCAGAAUGAGAUGCCUCUGUACCUGUCCUCUGCACACCAUCAUGUUUGUCAGUAUAUUACAUGAAAGAGAGAAAGUGAUGGGAAUACUGAAGUGCUCGAGACACUUUCUGUUCAUUUGAAAGUUUACACAUCUUAUCAGUGUUUUACUUUUCUGUUUCAUGUUUUGUAUAAACCACCAUUUUAUUUAUUUUGUUGAUUCAAUGUAUUUUAUUGUUGUAAUUCAUGUUUUUUGUUAUGUUACUUUUUUUCAAUGAAAUAAAAUGUUUAGAUUCUU